CUGUUUGAAUGAUACUGACCAGUUAGAUGUUUGCAAGAAAAAUUGUAACAAGGGGUGUAAGGAUCACGAUGACAUUGCUUGUGGUGCAGGUGACUAUAUGUCACUUUACAGUAUCGACUCAGCAGGAGUGUAUACUAGCCAUGAUGUUGUAGUAAUAUAAUAUAUUCUCUUUACUAAACCAGCUUUAUGAACGGGGUCAUUUUCAUCCUGGAACAAAAAGUCAUUAUUUCCAAAAUGCCUUGCAAAAAGCGACCAUAAAUUAUUGUCUAACAUAUCUUAAUAUGUCUAUGCAUUUAUAUGUCAAAGUUCUGAUACCCCCAAGGCAUAUAUAUCCCCAUAUCUGAGCGGGACAAACUAAGUGAGGCAUAAAUUUUUGUCGUCUCUCUUCAAAAUACAAAAAUUGGUAUUUUCCCGAUGACUACUUGACUUUCAUCACUAAAUAUCCACUAACUUCAGCGUUCUUCCACAGUCAAAGGUUUCCUUUCAUUACACCAUUUUACAUCUGUUUGACUACCCCGCCAAUAACCAUCCUCUUCUGAACAGCCCUUCUUUUAUACACCAACUCGUGAAUUUUUCUUUCAAUAGUUUUAUCACAAAAAGUUCGAUCCAUACAUGUAUUCAUCAUAUCCGUAACAUAUCUCAAAGUCAUUUACCUGUUGCAUUUUACAAUCCGAAAAAGUUUUUUAUCUGUCACGUUCCGUGAAGAAUAUUUUCCUACCACUCCCAAUACGAUUUUCAGCACUUCCAUACUGUUGAUAUUUCUUUAUAACACUUUUAAUUGUUGAUAUAGGACUACCCAGUAAUCUUUAUAAUUCUGACUGAUUUUAAUUCUCCUUAUUACUAUUUAUCAUCAAUUCUCGUACAUCCCUACUUAAUUCUUUCGUCUUGGGGCCAUUUUUAAAAACACCCAUGAAAUAGAUAUGUUAACAAUGCAGACAAAUUAUUGAGUUGUAUAUUACGUCCCCAAAGACUGAUGGAACUUUGGCCCGGUUUACAUAAAUAUACUAUAGGCUAUCUAUAGCUUACAUUCUAAGAGUAGACAUCUGUAUGGUGCGAAUAAUUAUGUCCUAUUACCGUAUGUCCAUAAUGUAAUUUGUAAUGAAAAAUACUUUGAUAAACACGAUUCUUCAAAAAAUCAUUAUAAUUUUCAUAAUAUCAGCUACAUUAUACAGCGGAGAUGGGGAAUGCCUUCUAUAUCAUACAAAAAAUGAAGGACCGGAUUUCACAUGGUCAGACUGCACGGAUCCUCAAGUAGUUAUAUGUGCACUAAAUGACAAUGUUCAAAACGCACUUAACGAUGAAGAUGAAAUUCAAGAAAAGGGCUGGAGGGAAUCUAUGAACAUAUGUUUCGAACGUAGUAUGUUACCACCAUCUAUUGAGCAGCUGAAAAAAUAUAAUUUGUCAACGUCAUCAUGGGCCGGAGUUAUUAAAAGCGAGGUGAUCUACAGUAUUGAAGAUGCACCAAUAACACACAGAUCAAAACAGUUAGGAUACCUUAAAAAGAAACGUGAGGGUGCAGUUCUGAAAUUUGAAAGAGACGAUGACACUGAGCAGAAACAUAUACUUUGUGAAACUGCUAUAAAAACAACCCCUAGUGGUUCAACAAGUGAUAGGACAACAAUGAAUCAUAGCAAAGAUGCAAGUAUAGUGACAACGAAAAGUUCAGGCAAUACAAACUUAAGCUCAACAACGAGUUCUACACCUAAAGACUCAACAAUUAGCAAGUCUAGAAAAUCUUCUGAUGUCGGAGUCCCAGUUGGAAUUUCGAUUGCAGUCUUUCUUAUUGUCGUUAUUGCAGUAAUAGCUGUCCUACUUUUAAAGAAAAGAGCAAUGUUACCGGUUACCUGUUGCUGGAAGUUUACGUCAGAUAAAACAGAAAAGCGCACACUAGGGUUAGUGAACAACAUAGCGUACGAAAUGCCUGUUAAUUCUCCUUAUGAUCAGAUUGAUGAAGAUGCUCUGCAACAGAAUAAUGACACAGCAUUUAAUAGCUCAGAAGACAAUCGAGACGAUGCACAUACUUAUUUUGUUCUUGAAAAAGAUGCAGAAGAACCUAAAACAGACAGUGGCAUAACAGGUUCCAAAGCUUACCAAAAUGAGAAUAAUGUUUAUAACACAUUGCGUUCAAAUUUAGAGCCUGGACCUGACAUUGGCGAUACCUAUGAUACGGCUGAAAAGGCAGCUAAAAGAAUGAAAGAUCAAAAUGUUGAAAAGUGUAGUACAAGUGGUGACAUGGAUGAAGAUGCGUACAAUCAUAUAAAUGCUGAACUUAUAAAAAAGGGCAAAACAGAUAAUGUGUAUGGGGUACCAGGUGAUAUUGAUAGUGAUUAUGGAGAUGCUAAACAUGUUCGUGAACAAGGCCAAAAUGUAGAAGACACAUACAAUCACAUUAAUCCAGAACAUUAACCAAAUUUUUAUUUCGCUUGAUUGAAUCUGAUGGACUUCAAAGCAACAUUUUCAAUUUUGCCGUUUUGGGUGUUCUUUCGUGAUUAUGUUUUUCGUGUUUUUAGUGGUUUUUUUUCUUUCCUUUUUAUUUCGUAUGUUGCUGUUCAUACAAUUUGAUAUACUGUCAAUUUUUGCCUUGCUAUAUGCAGUUAUCCUAAUAAAAUGUAUCUAAGAUACAAAUUCUGCUGAAUCAAAGAAUAAAACAACAGUUAUGGCAGCAAAAUAUUUUAAUAAUAGGCUAAAAGUUUUCAGAUGCAUUUUAAGCUAAAUCUUUAUAGAACAGACUAUGAGUAGACUUUCAUUUUUUUUAUUUUAUAUGCCUGUACACACACUUAUUUUGAUCGUGUGACUUUGAUGGAAUUUGGCCUAUGAAGUUUAUUAUAUUUAUCCCUGAAAAUUACUUUAGAAAGCAUGCAAUAUUACAUGUAUUGAUUACUUUGUAUAACUGAGACAGUUUCUUUUAACUUUUAACGUGUAAUUUUAAUGUGGGACCAGUCACAAUCGCCUGAUUUUGGUAGAAAUGGCUUUAAAACAUGUCACAGGCAAUAGAGACAGAUCCAGUGUAUUCUGAGACAUUGUCCGUGCUUCCAAUUUAAUGCUUAAUUAAAGAGAUGUUUUAGUUAAGACGGCAUUUUAUCCAAAUUUUUGAAAACAGAACUUUCAAAGUAUGACUUAUGGACAAUAUAUUUAUGUAUAAGUUAAUUUACAUUUCUUAAUUAAGAAAUAACAACAACUGACGCAUGCGCGUUACAACUGCUUCUUUAUCUUAAUCACUAGAAUCUGUGUUAUAUGUUCCGUAAUAAACAACGACACAUUUAUCCAGUAUAGUCUUCUGGGUGUCCUGUUGAUAUUACUUGAUUGUGUCUCGGGCUGCGUUCUUUAAAUGUCGCCUUUCCUUGUUGAAUAUUUGUUUUUUUUAAAAGGCUCAAUGUAUUUUAUUUCUAUUAGACACACAACAGGAACAAGGAGAUAUAUAUAUUAUAGAUGUAUCAAACCUGGUUUAAACUCAUUGUGGAUAUGCUAACAAGAGAUGUCCCUAUGACCACUGUCCAUUCAGUACAUGCAUUCAUAAAUCAAGAAAUUAUAACUGUCUUAAACAAAAACAUCUAAGUCCAUAUAAUUUACACAAGCGUAACUAAUGUGCAUGCAAAAUUCAAAAAUAAAUGAGAAAUGGGUCCUGUCGGUAACAUGCAUAAUCCACUAUCUGGUAUAUGCAUAUGAAUAGUAUUGCAUAAAUUCCUGGAAAACAAGAUCAUACACAAAAUCGAAAAUUGAAACACCUUUGAAAACAUCAAUACAUGAGCUAUGGGUGGCAUGUACCUAUCAAUUCAUAACUUUGAACUUCAGUUCCAUGCUGUGAAAGAAACAGCUGCGUAUUGAAAAACAGAUUACAGCAUUCUUAAUUUUAAAAAGGGUAAAGAAGUGUCACUGUUUCAUACUGUGCCAACAAUUGUUCAUAAUUUUUUGUCCUAUAUUGAGAGCAAAACAAAUCGCUUACCAUUUUUGAAAUCAAGAUCUUUGUCAAAAUCCUCAAAGUCAUAACGAUUAGUCUGCUUACUUUCUUGCUGCUGUUUACACUUUAAUCGAACUGGAAGUGGAAGAGCAUGGAAAUAAAAAAAUGUGUAGUGUAAAAAAUGUAAUUACUGACAUUGAACAAAAUGCUGUUUUAUGGAUUUCUCAGUCUAGGUUCUCUAUUGAUAUGUGAAAUUUAUCUGAAUUCAUUUUAAUGUUAUGCAUAAGAUAGAUAACCAAAUAUGUACCGACACAUCAUGCCUUUAUUACACUGACUGAUAAGAAAAUGCUUGGCCUCAAAACCUCAUUUACAAGCAUGCACAAGCUAAUAAUUUAUUCACUGAUAAUAUUUAGGUCUCAAUUUAGAUAUCAGUUUUCACAUACUGCCAUUGGAGGGGACGAAAUGGUAGCAUCAGUUUCUGUGAAGUUGCUAUUGUUAUCAAGAAGACCGAAGCUGUCUUGCAUUAUGAUAGCUUGACACUGCUUAAAUUAAUUAGAAAUACAGACAUUUUUAUAUAUUGUCACAUUUUUGGCACUUUAUAUGUUCAGAUUUUUGUUGACGUGAAAAAUUUUAUGCAAUACAUCGUCGUUUGCAACAAUGUCAAACAUUACUGUGAUAUUUCUCAUAAUUUUAAGUUUCCGUGAGAACCUCAGUAAAAAACUAGUUUAUUGUGUAUUUUAUCUUCUUUAUCGGCGUGUGUUAUAAAAUUCCUGAAGAUUUUUUAGCAUAAUUAUGUCUCUUUUGAUAUCAACUUUUAAAUACCUACCGCUACUGUAAAUAGCAUGACUUGAAAUGACAGCAACCCAUGAUUUCCCACGGUUUGUGUUUCUUUCAAGAUGCUUUAGGACUUUGACGACGAUGUAAACAUUUGCACUGAAGCAGAUUUUUUUUACAAUCUGGACCUACUUUUUAUCCUCU